GUAAAUAAGCGUUAAUGCGGUGCGGGAGAGUUAUGGUGCCGGGUCUCGCAGCAUCCUAUGGUGGCUCUAGCAGCAUUUUCGGUCGCUCCAGCUGCGUACUAGGGUGGCUCCAGCAGCAUACUAGGGUGGCUCCAGCAGCAUACUGGGGUGGCUCCAGCAGCAUACUAGGGUGGCUCCAGCAGCAUACUGGGGUGGCUCCAGCAGCAUACUAGGGUGGCUCCAGCAGCAUACUAGGGUGGCUCCAGCAGCAUACUAGGGUGGCUCCAGCUGCGUACUAGGGUGGCUCCAGCAGCAUACUAGAGUGGCUCCAGCAGCAUACUAGGGUGGCUCCAGCAGCAUACUGGGGUGGCUCCAGCAGCAUACUAGGGUGGCUCCAGCAGCAUACUUGAGUGGCUCCAGCAGCAUACUAGGGUGGCUCCAGCAGCAUACUGGGGUGGCUCCAGCAGCAUACUAGGGUGGCUCCAGCAGCAUACUAGGGUGGCUCCAGCAGCAUACUGGGGUGGCUCCAGCAGCAUACUAGGGUGGCUCCAGCAGCAUACUAGGGUGGCUCCAGCAGCAUACUAGGGUGGCUCCACCAGCAUACUAGGGUGGCUCCAGCAGCAUACUAGGGUGGCUCCAGCAGCAUACUAGGGUGGCUCCAGCAGCAUACUAGGGAACAGCACAGUCUCUCGGAGGAGAAAACCUGCAUGCUAACUACUUUUAUCAUUAGGAAAAUAUGGUGGAAUAUAGAAGACUGUGAAAUACUGAAGAACGUGAUUAUAGUGAACAAGUGAAGGCUGUCCCCAGCUCUCGACAACAACACGUCUGAUGAUGACGUCUCGGGUUGGACCGACCCUGUGUGCAGCUGCCCGUCACCACUUGUCUCUACAGGGACGGCAGACAUUCUUCACAAACACUUCCCAGCAACGAUUGUCUUCAGAAUGUGCAAGAGCUUGCUGGUCUAGUUCGACAAGUUCCCGCCGCUCACGAUGGGUUGGUAUGAAGAUGGAACAUCGGUUACAACUGGGAUCGGUGAAGUGGUAUUGCACAUCAAGACAGCAGCAUACUCAGAGUGAGAGAAAUGACGGAGCAUUGAAAUGUACGGAAGAAGGCCAUCAGUCGUCAUCAAAUGCCGUAACUUCAACCAAAGAAGAAAGUCAAAGAAGUCAUGACUUUCCUGAGAGUAAAAUAACAAAGAGGGAAAAUUAUUCAUUAAAUAAAGCUAGUAACAGAGUUGAUAAUGUUCCAGAGACUGAAACAGAUUUUAUUUUUAGUGAACGUAUAAAAGAAGGCAACACCGAGCCCACAACUCUAUCAGAGGAAAAUGAGGAAGUGGAUUUGGAGGAACUGAUCAAAUUAGAGGUGGAAUUGUACCGUCAAGAAGGCAUAUAUGUGCCCAGUACCUUCACUCCUGAGGAGUGGCAAGAAUUACUCACAAUAAAGUCUGUAGCUGGACGUAAAAGGUACCUUACAUUUCUCUUCAAAAUUGAAAUGAAGAACAAAAAUAUCAAGAUUAAAAAGGAACUUAAAAAGAAGAUUAGAGAAGAAAAUUUGUCAAUAGAGAGAGAGGAAGAUGAUGGGCGCAUCCACUAUGGUCUGUGGCGAAACAGUAUAUUCCUAAAGAUUCUUGAUAGUACCAUGAACCAUUUCUAUAACUCGCGUGUCAUCAGUGCCAUGAUGUAUGGUCAACCCAUUGUGAUAGACCUAGGUUUUGGUGAAAACAUGACAUCUAAGGAACGACAAAACUGUGCUGAUCAGAUCCAGAUGUUGAUUGGCGAGAACAGGAUCCACAAUGAUCCAUAUGCCAUCCACCUCUGUAAUGCAGACAGCUCUGAGGACACUAUGCGUCGGCUGCAAAAAUUCAUACCAAUAAUGUAUAAGCCAGAGUUCCCAUUGAUAGUGACACCGGAGAGUUAUGUGGACAAGUUUCCCCGAGAUAAGUUAGUGUAUCUCACUCCACACUGCCACGAAGAAUUGGUACACUAUGACCACGAUGCUGUUUACAUCAUUGGGGGAAUAGUUGAUAAAACUAAGAGUGAGCCCCUGACCCUUGCUAAAGCUAAAAGGCAAGGAAUUAGCAUGAAGAAGUUGCCACUAGACAGAUAUUUGUCCUGGGGCUCUGGUUCUUCAAAGUCACUGACCCUAAACCAAGUUCUCAGAAUUAUGUUGGACAUAAAGCAUACAGGCAACUGGCAAUAUUCGCUCAGACACGUACCAAGAAGGAAAAUUAAACCCGAGCCCACUGACGAAGAGCUAGAAGCCAUGAUCCGGAAGAGAGUUGAUAAACAAAGAAGAGGCAAGUUUAACUCCUUGGGCCGUGAACUGCCACACAGGAAAUACAAGAUGUAUUAGGUUCACCUAAGAAGCACAGGAUGGCAGGACUGAAGCGCAGAAUCCAUAGUGGAUCUUGUAUGAUUAAAAUGCUGUAAUGUGCGGUGGGUUAACCAGUUGUGUGGUCAGAGGUAACGAUCAUGAUGCUGGUAUGAAGGGCAGCGACGGGACUUAAGCGGUAUGUGCCCUGCCAGUCCAUGGUCACAGAUAGCGUACUGUACACAUUUAAGGUAGGAUCACCGUUGUACAAGCAAUUUCUUAUGGAAUUCUGCUGAGAAUAUUUAUAAAUGAAUCCUUUGCCAACUGCCUUAACUUUGAAACUUAAUAAUUUCACCCUUGUUUAAAGAAUUAAUAUAAUGUACAGUUAAUUCUGAUAUGAAGAGAGCAAGAACAUUAGAAUUUGUGAUAAAUACUUAGUGAUGUUGAACACACAAGUGCUGUUAUCAGGCUUAUGCACACUUGUAUAUAAACUGUAAACAAAAUAUUGUAUUGUGUAUAGCAUUAUUUUCUGGGGGGAGCCCUGUCGACUUCCCGAAGCUAUCCGAGCUGAUAUGAGUGUAUUAGACCAAGGCAUCAGUCAAAGCGAAUGAAGUUCUGCCUACCGGGGACCACGAGCCAGAACCGGGUCCCCCUCAGAUGGGCCAUUGCUCAUUGCAAGGAGCAAUGGCCUAUAGAAACCCCCCAUGUGGUUGGAAGCAUUCUAUCUCUGCCAUUGACCAGGUCAGGCACACAAAGAGGUAGGCACCCCAAAACAAACCCUGCCUAGUUAAAAAAUUGCUACUUUGAACGAAUUUUAACGCCUCAGUGCAUGUGUGUUUGCCCCUGCCCUCCUCAGGACGUCAGCCUGGUACAGCUUCAUGUGCAGGUUCCCUCCCUUUCGGCGACCCUGGUAGCUGAGGACUUACAUACCCGUUGCCAUUUGGUUUCGGUCCUGCAUUUCUUCUCCCCUUCUCGAGCUGUCUUCGGACUGGAUUCAGGAGGAUGUGGCGGCACUCUGUGCCGAUCCUAAGUCUGGUCUCGUCUGAUCCUGCUUCCCUGUGAAGCUGUUUGCGGUGAUCCUGCAGGAGUCGGUUUCUCUGUUCUUUGCUUCUCAUCUCUCGUGGCAUCAGGCAGUGAUCGCUUAGUUCUUGGAAUCUGCUUGGGUCCUGGCUCUUAGGUUUUCUAUGCCCUUUUGUCCUUCACUGUAUACGGAGUCUGCGGUGGUGCAGUAUCUGCAGGCAGCUUCUUCUAGUUGUCAUCCCAUGUUGGACUUGUUGGUUUUUUGGGGUGGGCGUGGGGGCUCUUCCCAGAAGGGUCGUGCCAGGGCUCGGGAUUCCUCCUGUCGUGGCAGGCCAGUGGUGCCAGUUUCGGAGCCGGCACAGCCUUCAGAGCCGACUACGUCUGGUCGGCACGGUGAUUGCUCUGCUUGCCGGUCUGCUUCUCGUAAGGGGCGUCAUCCCUUUUGCACUUGGAUGGUGUCCUUGGACCUCCGGGAUGCAUAUUGGCACGUCCUGAUUCAUCCUUGUUUCAGGAACUGGCUCGGUUUUGUUUGUGUGGUGCGUCAGGGUUAUCGCUUUCGUUGCCUUCCAUUCGGCUUGAAUCUGGCACAUCCUUCAGUAACAUGUCUUAACUGACAUUCGAGCACGACGUUUUUUGGGGGUCGAACAGGGUUCUGGCUGCUCGCUACCCAGUCAAUGUUCCUAGCCCUAGUCGGACAUGUGUUGCAUUAAGUCAUUGGUUGCAGCCAGUUGUCUCGACUUAGAGUUGAGGAGCGAGUGGUGACCACUUCCCGGGUAAGUCCUUCUUGUUUUAUCUUUGUUAAGUAGCUCCAAGGAGCUGAUGGGACUCCCUGCAGAAAACCAGCAUUAGAUGUAAUGAAACAUCAUUUUCUGGGCGAGACUCAGAGGCUCCCCGGCAACCCUCCCUCCCUCCCGGUUGGCGGUUUUGACAUCCAGCCUCUGAACUGGAGCUGCAUAGCCGGCACGGGGAAUCUGGAGCUCACUCUCCCAGGGAAGGGGAGUUCUGUUCAACAGUUCAGCUUUCAGUAGCAAUUUUUUUAACCAGAUAGUUUGUUUUGAGGUGCCUGACUUGGUUGAUGGCAGACAUAGAAUGCUUCCAGCCACACGGGGGUUUCUAUAGGCCAUUGGUCCUCGUGCCUCAUCUGGGGGGGCCAUCUUCUGGCUCAUGGUCCCCAGUAGGCAGAAAUCCAUUUGCUUUGACUGAUGCCACAGUCUAAUGCAUUCAUAUCAGCCCGGAUAGCUACGGGGAACCUCCAGGUCUUACCCAGAAAAUGGCAUUUCAUUACAUUCAAUGCUGUUUUGUUAAUAAUUUGUUGUGAAGGAAGAUUAAACAAAACAAAA